UCGGAGUGAGGCGCGAGGGGCUGGCCGGGGGAGGUCUCGAGGGUCGAGAGUUCCACCGGAGUUCCACUCAUGAGUCCAUACAGUCCUCGGUAGACCGCGACGUUACGUCCGACCACGGGUUGCAUAUAAGCGCGCCGCUGGACGGUCUUCCGGAAGUCGCGCUCCGACCGUCGUCGAGUCGACGUCGGAGACUCUCCGACUGUUCGACCACGCGUCGCUCCGGACCCCCCGACGACCGGUGUCUGUGAAUAUUUACGGAAUAUCCUCAUACGAGAGACCUCGACGUCGCUUCGGACCCCUCGACGACCGGCGUCUGUGAAUAUUCACGGAAUAUCCUCCGGCGUAAGUCCUCGACGUCGCUUCGGACCCCUCGACGACCGGCGUCUGUAAAUAUUCGCGGGAUAUCCUUCGACGUCGCUUCGGAUCCCCCGACGACCGGCGUCUGUAAAUAUUCACGAAAUAUCCUCCGACGAGAGACUUCACCGCCACUCGCGCUCAACCCCUCGUCCCUCACCGAGAAAUUCCCACCCCGAGAAUCCGCCAUUGUGAACGUGCAGUACACGUGCGAUUCUACGACAAUACUCGAAUGCACCCAGGAUUAAUUAUCGAUGCUGCAGCGAGACUCCAUGUGCAUUUUACGGCGGUCCAUGACUCCUGAACGGUCCUGGAUAUCCACUAUACGGAAGUACGGCCGCCAUCUUUGAUCGGGAGACUUCAACGCUGCGGAUAUCGAAGACGUUGAAAAGGGCCGAUGCGGUCGACUCGAGUUAGAUAUUUCAGAUAAACACGAAUUGAUAUUGUCUGGAAGUGGUAACAUUUUCUCCUGGGGACUUCAACGCCUUUCGUGGACUUUCCUAGUGGACGCAAAACUGGAAUCUCAUCCCGACCCGGAGUGCUUCGAGUGGUUAUCCGUUAUCACGGACAGAAAAUGCCUGCUCUGACACUCUUCGGCAGAAAAUGGCUGACUGCAACCGACGACCUCGUCUAUCCCGGAUUGUUCGAGAUUUUUAUUCGAAUCACUUGGUUCAUUCUGAUCGGAAUCGCAUGCGUGAGGUAUUACGAGGAGACGUGGAGGUGUCCUUCGGGAGGAGAUUUGAUCAGGGUGUUCCUCGUCGGAGAGAUGGUGAUCCUGGGGGUCGUCAUUUUCCUCCUACUCGCUAUAGUUAGAAAUAGUGCCCAAGGUGCGAUAGUUGACACUUACGCACGACGAUACGUCCAGCCACUGCUCACCGUCAAGGUACUGCUGAUCGUUCCGGAGGUGGCGUGGAACAUUUUGGGGACCAUGUGGAUGCUGAGCCGCAAUUUGCAGUGCGGCAACGAACAAUACACAAUUGCUGUGGUGGAGGCUCUGGUGUGCUUCGAUUGGGUGCUGAUCGGCCUGACCAUUUUGGGAUUGGCUUUGGUUUUCGACCCCCUUGGUUCUCUGGGUCUUCGCGACAGCGUCGAGGACUCUAUCGAGCACAGAAAGGUCUCCAGGAUCUGGAUGCGGAGGUUCAAAUUUUUGUGGUGGAUGAGGCGAGACGAAAGCGCUAACGAGACCUUCCAACAUGUUGCUGGCCUUCUGAGCGCACUUUUUCGGGGCACCGAUCUCGUCCCUUCGGAUGUCAUGGCAGGAUGCGUCCUCUUACGAGUUCGUCAGAAAAGGGAGACCCUCGAAUUGCGCCGAUUGAACAUCCUUGAACAGCCCAAAUAUACACCGGACUCGAAGGUCAUCUUUUCGGGGACUCCCAGCUGGAUGUCUUUGGAGUGGGCCCAUCAUUACCUCCAACUUUCGAUAUCCUCUUAUGGAUGGCUAUUCGUCCUCUACAAGCAUGCCUGCACCGGGUGCUUUCGUUUAAUUCGAGACAUGACUUGCUGCGCUUGUUUCAGGAGAAAGCAGAACAUCGUCCUCGACGAUAAUUGCUGCCUCUGCAAUCUCGCCGGCGUGAAAUACCUGUCCGGACUCUCCGAGGACGACAUUUUGUUCGCGUCCUUCAGGAACCACCUGUGCGAGAUUCCAUUCUGCGUGAUAGCCGACCACAAGACGGCGAGCAUCGUAAUUGUGAUCCGAGGCUCAUUAUCUCUGCGGGAUUUAAUCACGGACAUUGCCGCCGCUUCCGAUUCCUUCGAAGUAGAAGGCCUUCCACCUGGAAGCAUGGCUCAUCGUGGCAUGAUAAUCGGUGCCAAGGUGCUCUUAAGACAAUUGGACCAGUCCAAGAUCCUGGAAAAGGCAUUCACGAUGUACCCUCAAUAUUCCCUAACUCUUACAGGUCACAGUCUGGGCGCUGGUCUGUCCGUUCUCCUCGCUUUGUUAAUCCGGCCUCGUUACCCUGAUUUAAGAGUUUAUGCAUUUUCAACGCCCGCCGGAUUGCUAAGCCGAGAAGCCGCCAGGGUGACCGAAGAGUUCGUGCUGACGAUAGGACUCGGAGAUGACCUCGUCAUGAGACUAAGUGUCGACAGCAUGGAAAACUUCAGGACAUCUUUGCUGAUCACCCUGCAGGCUUGCAGGCUGCCGAAGUACAGGGUAGUGUUGAACGGCUUUGGCUACAUCCUAUUCGGGGUGCCCGACAGAGACCUCGACAGGACCUGGAGGAACGGCAACACCAUAAACUCGAUACCAGGACACCUUCCGCUUCUUUCCGAGUCGCCGAGGAGUGCUCAAACGGAAGCCAUGAUAUUCGAACGCGACGUGACGAGGAGGAGGUACUCGAAGGUGCGACUCUACAACGCCGGCCGUAUCCUGCACCUGUCCAGGUGCAAACAACCGUCGAGCACCGCCGACAAAAAAAAGGGUAAGAAGGAGAAGCUCUACCAAAUGAGAUGGGCGCAGGCAGAGGAUUUCAUGGAACUGUCGGUGAUGCCGCGAAUGCUCCUCGACCAUUUGCCGGAAAACCUUGAAAAGGCUCUGGCGGCGCUCCUUCGUCAGCAGGAAGAGUUACCCGUGUACCUCGAAACAACGUAGAACCAAAGACACGCGCGUAAUUAAGGCCUAACGAUAGCCGCGUCUAUUUCGAAAGACAGUAUUGCGCCUUAGUAACGUAACGGACGUCGCGAUUAGACCUACUUUUUGAUACGGUUUUAUUUAUACAUACGCUUAGAAGCGACGCUCGUGUUAUGGAUAAAGCAAGAGGCAAGAAGGUAAACGCCGCUGGACGACGGAGAACAAUUGCCGGUCGACGGAAGAGGUAAAAAAAGAAAAAGGAAAAAAAAGGAUAUAUAAGUCUUAGUGGCCGACAGCGUGUCUUAGAUCUCGAAGCGAAUCUCUACACUUAUUGCCGGUCCGGACACAAGGGACCCUCCCUCAAAAUAGAACACCAGAUAUGUACAUAGAGCUGAUGUGUAAAGUAUAACAAUAAAUAUUACAUGUUUCUUA